AUGCAUCUUCUUGAGCUCAAACUUCUUAUAAAAAAAUUGCAGCACUACUGUUCUUCUACCUCUUUGAUAUCAUUGUCCAUUCCUUGUGAAGAUAAAGAACAUGUGACCAGUAGUUUGGAGAACAGGUUGGCUUUCAUAACGGAAGAAAGAAGUAGAAAUUCUUUUUCUCAUACGCUGGAAUUGUUAAAAAAAAUUGAGGGGCCACUUCAUCCAAAUGGGCUCCUUCUUUAUGCUGGAAUUGGAAGAAUGACAACGGAAAGUUUAGAGAUGCCAAUUUCCUUUUCCUAUGUCCCUUUUAAAAGGGGUUUGAGAUUAGAUUCUAGUGUUCAAAGAGAGUUCAAGACUAAGUUUCUUCAAGAUCUUUUAGAUUCUGAAGAUAGAUAUGGGUUUUUUCUGGUAGGAUGGAACCGAAUGGGUUUAACUACAGUUUCUGGUAAUUUUGUGAGCUCUCUUCCUGAUGUUCAUCUUAGAGAAAGAAUAUUAAUGCAGGGAGGUCAUAGGCAGGUUGAGUAUUUAGCUCAAACUUUCUUGGAAAAUUUUUGGCUUAUCGAGGCUCUUAUGGGAUGUACUUGGCUGAUUUUUGGUUCGCCUUUCGAUAUUGACUCUGCCUUAAUGGAGUGUUUGAAAAUGUUGCCUGACAGGAGAACGCUACUGAAAAUUUUUGCAUCCAGAAUUUUUAAGAAAGUUUUGAAAGAAUGCAGUAUAGUUUAUGGAGGCCGAUUUUCCUUUGAUGAAGCUCUCAAUCAGUCAGCUGAUAUCUUAGGGAAUGAUGUUAUAGUUAUUCAAAAGAGAAUGCUAAAAGAAUAUCUUGAACUCGUAAGAAAUAAGGAUGCUAGGUGUGUGUUACACAUCGAAUCAAUUAUGAAACUAUUGGAGUUGAAUUUCUUAGGUGUUGUAUUCUUAUGGAAUGAGUUAGAUCUAGUAGCAUUUGAGUUACAAGAUAUAACCACAGGGGCCAGAAAAAUGGAGUACAAGAAGCAGGGAGAGGAGCUUGAUAUUCGCGGGAACUUUGUUAUUAUUAGUAAACAGUUGGUGCUUGAGCGAGUUCUUCAACUGUGUAGAACUCGGGAUAUUCAGUUGGUGUUAGCUGCUAAAGAACAUCAAGAAGGUUCGAUGUUCUAUAGAUCCCAACAUGGAAUUGGUGCCAUUUUGAAGGCCAAGGAGGAGAUAUGCAAGCUGCUUGAAGAGGAAAAGGAUGAGAAAGGCGCCUGA